GGCCGCCAGAGCCGCCAAGAUGGCGUCCGCCCUGGAGCAGUUCGUCAACAGCGUCCGGCAGCUCUCGGCCCAAGGGCAAAUGACCCAGCUUUGCGAGCUGAUCAACAAAAGCGGGGAGCUGCUCGCGAAAAACCUCUCUCACCUGGACACCGUGCUGGGCGCCCUGGAUGUUCAGGAGCACUCGUUAGGGGUCCUUGCUGUUCUGUUUGUGAAGUUUUCCAUGCCCAGCGUCCCUGACUUUGAGACGUUAUUUUCGCAGGUUCAACUCUUUAUCAGCACGUGUAACGGGGAGCAUAUUCGAUACGCGACAGACACUUUUGCUGGCCUGUGUCACCAAUUAACCAACGCUCUGGUGGAAAGGAAGCAGCCCCUGCGAGGAAUCGGCAUUCUCAGGCAAGCCAUAGACAAGAUGCAGAUGAACACCAACCAGCUGACCUCAAUACAUGCGGAUCUAUGCCAGCUCUGUUUGUUAGCAAAAUGCUUUAAACCUGCCCUCCCAUAUCUAGAUGUGGACAUGAUGGAUAUUUGUAAAGAGAAUGGGGCAUACGAUGCAAAGCACUUUCUCUGUUACUACUACUACGGCGGAAUGAUAUACACUGGCCUCAAGAACUUUGAAAGAGCUCUCUACUUCUAUGAACAGGCUAUAACGACUCCCGCCAUGGCCGUGAGCCACAUUAUGUUGGAAUCGUAUAAAAAAUAUAUCCUAGUUUCCUUGAUACUCCUUGGCAAAGUGCAGCAGCUGCCGAAAUACACCUCCCAGGUUGUGGGUAGAUUCAUUAAGCCCCUCAGCAACGCCUACCACGAAUUAGCACAAGUGUACGCCACCAAUAAGCCCUCGGAGCUGCGGGCGCUGGUGAACAAGCACAGCGAGACGUUCACCCGGGAUAACAACAUGGGCCUGGUGAAGCAGUGCCUGUCCUCGCUCUAUAAAAAGAAUAUCCAGAGGUUAACGAAGACAUUUUUAACACUGUCGCUACAAGAUAUGGCAAGUCGGGUGCAGCUCUCCGGGCCCCAGGAAGCUGAGAAAUACGUCCUUCACAUGAUAGAAGAUGGUGAAAUCUUUGCUAGUAUUAACCAGAAAGACGGAAUGGUCUGUUUCCAUGAUAAUCCGGAGAAAUAUAACAAUCCCGCUAUGCUUCACAAUAUUGAUCAGGAGAUGCUGAAAUGUAUAGAGCUGGACGAGAGACUGAAAGCCAUGGAUCAAGAGAUAACGGUGAACCCUCAGUUUGUCCAAAAGAGCAUGGGGUCCCAGGAAGACGAAGCAGGAAGCAAACCAUCCAGUUAUUCUUGAAAAUCACUUUUUUGUUUU